CAUUGUUUCUGACAUUUGUUGUGUCUAAUGCGUUGUAGUUAGACAAAUGUCAAAUAUGCAUUGAAAAUGUCUAAAUGUCUCUUGUUUACUUUUUGCCCAAAUAUGGAAGUGACGGACAGAAAGAGAAUAUAAAUUCAUUCUGUGGUGGCGGCUGUAGCAGACUGAUUCACGUUGAUUUGUUUCUUUCGUGUGUGAUUAAAGUUGUCCGUUAGACUAUAAAAUAAAUUUAUAAACGCAUAAUUUCUUAAUAAUUAAAAUUGUUUUAAAAAGCUAACCUUAUUUUAUUAACGGAUAAUAAUAAAUAUGGCUCAACAGCAACAACCUGCUUAUCAAAAUAAAUUUAUUUAUGCUUCCUUGCCUCGCACUCAUCGUGGUCAGCCUAUUGUACUUGGAGCAGAUCCUAAAGGCAAAAAUUUUCUUUACGCCAAUGGAAAUUCAGUGAUAAUACGAAAUAUCGAGAAUCCAGCAAUUGCUGAUGUCUACACCGAACAUUCGUGCGCUGUUAAUGUCGCCAAAUACUCGCCAAGUGGAUUCUAUAUUGCAUCGGGCGAUGUAUCCGGCAAGAUACGCAUUUGGGACACAGUAAAUAAGGAGCACAUUUUGAAAAGUGAAUAUCAACCAAUUGGUGGUCCCAUUAAGGAUAUUGCCUGGUCAGCAGACAAUCAGCGCAUUGUUGUCGUUGGUGAAGGUCGUGAACGUUUUGGACAUGUUUUCAUGACUGAAACUGGCACCUCUGUUGGUGAAAUCAGUGGUCAAUCAAAACCGCUUAAUUCCUCAGAUUUUCGUCCUACUAGGCCUUUUCGUAUUGUAACUGGUAGUGAAGAUAAUACCAUCGGAGUAUUCGAAGGUCCACCAUUUAAAUUUAAAAUGACCAAGCAAGAUCAUUCACGUUUUGUACAAGCUGUACGUUAUUCACCAGAUGGUAAAUAUUUUGCUUCAGCUGGUUUUGACGGCAAAGUAUUUCUUUAUGAUGGCACAACUGCAGACCUUAUUGGUGAGAUUGGUAACCCUGCACAUAAGGGUGGUGUUUAUGCUGUUGCAUGGAAACCAGAUAGUACACAAUUGCUGACAAGUUCUGGUGACAAAACUUGCCGCUUGUGGAAUGUAGAAACACGAGAGUUAAUUACCGAAUUUGUUAUGGGCACUACUGUGGAUGAUCAACAAGUGUCAUGUUUAUGGCAAGGCAAUAACUUACUUACAGUUUCUCUCUCUGGUAACAUCAAUUACUUAAACGUCGACGAUCCAUCGAAACCCUUACGAGUCGUUAAAGGUCACAAUAAACCUAUAACUGUGCUGGGAUUAAGUGACGACCGUAGUACUAUUUACACUGGAAGUCAUGAUGGUGUUGUGACUAAUUGGAAUUCUGGUAAUGGUUCCAAUGACCGUGUAGGUGGCACUGGACAUGGUAAUCAGAUGAAUGGCAUUGCUGCUUGGGGCGAUUUUGUGUACACUUGUGGCAUUGAUGACAGUCUGCGCCAAAUUAACAUUGAAGCCAAUACUUACACAGAUUAUGUUGUUAAGCUAAAUUGUCAACCUCGCGGUUUAGCCAUUUUCCGUAACGAGAAUAUAAUUGCACUUGCUUGUGUGAAGGAGCUUACGCUAGUUCAAGAUACCAAAAAAGUAUUUUCAUUGCCUAUUAAGUAUGAGGCUAGUUCAAUAACUGCCAAUAGCGACACACUUGAUGUUGCCGUUGGUGGUGAUGAUCAGAAGCUACGCAUAUAUUCUUUGAAUGGCACCACACUUGAUCCUAAAAUUGAAUUAGAUCAUUUAGGUGCUGUUACAGAUUGCGCUUACUCACCAGAUAAUAAAUAUCUAGUGGCUUGCGAUGCUCACCGAAAAGUCGUUUUAUAUUCAGUUGAAGAAUAUAAGCCUGCUCAUAACAAGGAAUGGGGCUUCCAUAACGCACGUGUCAAUACUGUGGCAUGGUCACCAAAUUCACUUUUAGUAGCUAGUGGCUCACUGGAUACAACAAUUAUCAUUUGGUCCGUUGCUAAUCCUUCAAAGCAUACUAUCAUUAAAAACGCACAUCCACAAUCGCAAAUCACUCGUUUAGUAUGGUUGGAUAACAAUACAGUGAUCUCAACUGGUCAAGAUUGUAACACCAAAGUAUGGGAGGUUGAAACUAUUUAAACUUCUAAAAAAUAAAAAAGCAAACUUAAGAUACUGAGAAACUAAAAUAUUUAUAAAGAUAAAGCUAUAUUUUUUACAAUAAAUUUUAUAUCAUCACAACGCUGCGUUUUGCCUAUGGCCUGCUCCGUAUUUGAACAAUCUGCCAAUAGUAAUAUAUUUAUAUCAUUUUAUAGCAUUUCUAUAUAUUUUAUAUAUUAUAGUUAAAAAAUUGAAUUUUUUA